AUGAUUUCUACUGAUUUAAUAACGUCAAUAAAUAUCACCAUACAUGGUCUCCAUAUCGGUAUGAAGGGCAGACAGGCAAGCAAUGGAAGAAAGAUACAAAAUAAUAAAACGAUUCUAUUUUACAUUCAGUCAAGAACUUUUCUUGCUAUGGUGAUCGACAGUGGAAUCCAUUCCAUGACAAGAUCAAAUUAUGAAUGGAUGAACAACAAUUUAACAAUGAUCCUAGAAAUUGAUGAUGUAGCCCCAAGUUUUGAGUCUCCAUUGGCUUUAAAAUAUUUGAAGAUUUUCUUGAAUGUUUUAUGA